AUUUGUCCUGUUUCUUUUUGGUAAAUGAUCAUUACAUCCUUGGUCCUUGAUGGAGUGAUAGAGAAGUCUUCUCUGAGCGCUGGCGAUGGAGGGGAAGGACAGGGUUUUGAUCCUUGGAGCAACUGGGUACAUAGGGAGAAGGCUGGUGAAGGCCAGCAUAGCCCUGGGCCAUCCCACUUUCGUCCUCUUCCGGCCGGAGAAUGUCUCCAAUCGGGAGAAUUGUCAGAUGUUCAUGGAGUUCAAAAUGGAAGGGGCUCAUCUUCUUCAGGCUUCUUUGGAAGAUCGUGAGAGCCUGGUUUCAGCACUGAAGCAAGUGGACGUGGUGGUGUCGGCGGUCAGGGUUAUCGUGGAACAGCUCCAGCUCAUCGAAGCCAUCAAGGAAGUUGGCACCAUUAAGGUGAUACGAAAUGUUGGCAACUUACAGAGGUUCCUCCCUUCGGAGUUCGGCAUGGACGUGGACCGCAUGGAACAUGCAAUCUCCCCGGGCGAUCGCACAUUUGUAGAGAAGCGUGUUAUCCGGCGAGCCAUUGAGAAGGCUAACAUCCCCCACACGUACGUUUCGGCCAACUGCUUUGCCGGCAUCUUCCUUGCAGGUCUAGCUCAACUCGCCACCUUCAUGCCCAAGAGGGACCGUGUCAACAUCCAUGGCCAUGGGGACAAGAAAUGUACAUGGGUCGCCGAGGAGGACGUAGCGAUGUAUGCAAUACUUGCCAUCGAUGACCCCCGAACUUUAAACAAGGUCCUCUACGUCCGUCCUCCGGCCAACAUCCUCACUCAGAUGGAAGUUGUCAAGAUAUGGGAGAGGAUUAUAGGCAAAGAGCUCCAAAAGACAUUUCUCUCAGCAGAGGAAUGGCUUUCCACCAUGGACAGGGUGCCGCUAUAUGAGCAAAUUGCGGUGGCGCAUAUGUACCAGAUAUUUUAUCUCGGUGAUUUGGAUUUUAAGGUGGAAGGCCCUCGUGGUGUCGACAGCAGCAAGCUGUAUCCUGACCACAAGUACGUGACGGUGGAAGAGUAUCUGAGGCGUUUCGCGUGAAUUAAAACUCCUGCACUUGGCAUUCUGUGCGAAUUCUCUCCUUGGUUAUCGUUCGGUUACUGAUGUUCUAAAUGUUCUUUAGAGAUGAUUGGUUUUCGAAAAUGUGAACACCAUAAGAUCUCCGGGUUCAGCCUAAGUUAUCCUCUACGUUGGAAUAAAUUAUAUAAAUAGUAUCGAAUCAUUGUACUUGAAGUGAUUGAAAGGCAAUUUGAAGUACAUGGGAAAAACAUGUCAUGUAUCCAAUAAACUUAAUAGUUAAAAUUGUAUGCUCAAUAAAUCAUAUUUGGGUUUAUGCUA